AUGACUGCCCCAAUCCGCACAACAGUCCUGAUCUCAGGCAAUGGCUCAAACCUCCAAGCCGUAAUCGACAAAAUAGCCGCGCAGCAACUGAACGCCAACAUCGUGCGCGUGCUGUCCAACCGCAAAGACGCCUACGGCCUCGAGCGCGCCCGCAAAGCCAACAUCCCCACGCAAUACCACAACCUCGUGAAAUACAAGAAGCAACACCCGGCCACACCAGAGGGUGUGCAAGCUGCGCGCGAAGAGUAUGAUGCCGAGCUGGCGCGACUGAUUCUGGUCGAUCAGCCGGAGUUGGUGGUUUGUCUCGGGUUCAUGCAUGUUCUGUCGCCGCGGUUCUUGGAGCCGUUGGAGGCUGCCAAGGUCCGCAUUAUCAAUCUGCAUCCGGCGCUACCUGGGGCUUUUAACGGUGUGAAUGCCAUUGGGCGGGCCCAUGCUGCGUGGAUGGAAGGCAAGAUUGAUAAGACGGGUGUCAUGAUCCAUGACGUGAUCUCGGAGGUCGAUAUGGGUAAGCCCAUUCUGGUGAAGGAGAUUCCUUUCAGGAAAGGUCAGGACGAGGAUCUGGAGGUCUUUGAGAAGCGAGUGCACGAGACGGAAUGGGGCACCGUGCUUGAAGGGGUGGAUGUGGUGCUCAAGGAGCUGGCUGCGAAGAAGCAAUGA